AUGCGUGAGCAAGACGACGCAGGUAGUGGGCUAGAGGACGAUGCAUCCCCUGCUAGAGACCACGAAUUUGAUGCAACUCGGAAACGUGCCCGUGAAUCGGGCACUGACCGUCGAUACCCACGAAAGAGGGCUCUGAAGGCCUGCCAUGUAUGUCGAGCAAGAAAGACGAAGUGUGACAACGUCCAGCCUACCUGUGGCUUCUGUGCCUCCAUUGGCGUCCGGUGCUCUUUUGACGACACCGAGAAAGACCAUUCUUCUUUCGACGCUGCUAGCUUAGAGAUCCUUCGGCAACUGGGCCAGAUUGCUACUUCUCAGGAGGAUUUAUUGCAGAUUGUUCGCUCUUUCAGCACCGUCCAGACACCUCACGUGGCCUCAGAUGUGGCUUCAUUUACUUCAGGCCAUGUUCAUCAGGCUAUAUUUGACCAGAGUCAGGGCGCCGGUGGUUUAGAAUGGAGCACGAAUCCAACAUUGUACUCACCGACUUCCCACAGGCUUGAUGAGCAACAGGAUCACAACGCCGCACCACUGUCGUCGGACACCUACACAAACCAGCGGCAGCCAGACUCUGCCUCAACCACCCCUGCAGCAUCUGGAUGUGCUCCUGCCGUGAGAUGGUUCGGCUUACUAGCGAAUGAUGCUCCUUCCGAAAUUCUUCAAGAUGCAGAGCUCCAGUUCGCCUUUGAUGGUACAUCUCUCGAAGUCUCUGCCAUCUCGGACGAGGACAACAUCACUCCAUUACAAAUGGCAACGAGGAUCGUGGACAAACAGCGCACACCUCGUGAUAACCUGUCCGAUAGAUCGAAACCCCUCUUGGACAACGGACCUCCAACACAACAAACAGAGGAAGCACUAUGGCAGGCAUCAGAGGGCAUUUCACUCCUGCCAUCAGAACAAAUGUUCUUCGAAAAUUUCUUGCGCCGAAUCUGUCCGUGGGUACGCAUCUUCCGUCUCGUUGUCUGUUCUGGGCGUUUAAGUUAA